CAGAAAAACAUCAUCCUGAAUAAGGAAAAAAAUACAAUGAAGCAGGAAAACACCGCCCUGAGGCAGAAAAUCACCGGCUUGGAGCAGGAAAAAAGCGCCCUGAAGCAAAAAACAACCACCUUGGAGCAGGACAACACCACCUUAAAGAAGGAAAAGACCACUCUGGAGCAGAAAACCGCCGUCUUGGAGCAGAUAAACACUGCCCUGGAGCAGGAAAACACUGCCCUGGAGCAGGAAAACACUGCCCUGAAGGUAAGAAGCAUCGCUUUGGAGCAGAAAAGUACUUACGUGGAGGAAAUUAACACCGCCUUGGAGGAGGAACACACUACCUUGGAGAAGAAAGGCACCAUCUUUGAGCGUAUAUACAAAACCUGCAGCUUGAAGUGGAACAGUUGAAGAAAACGCUGAGGGACACAGAGAAGCAGCAGAAAUAGCAGCC